AUGCCUGCCCCCCCCCAAACCCUGCGCCAUUUGCUGGGGGCUCCAUAUCGAGGUGGGGGUCUAUCCUUCUCCACCUGCGGCACGUCUCUCUUCGUCUCGCUAGGCGGGCGGGUACAGCGGCUGGAUCUCACGGCCGGGCGCGCGCGCACGCUCCCCUUCGAAGCCACGCGCGACCUACACACCAUCUCUCUAUCGCCUCGUGGGGACGUACUCCUGGCCGUCGAUUCGCUUGCACGCGCUACGUUGCUCGCUCUCCCGUCGGGACGCGUUGCGGCCCGCCUCUCGCUCCGCCUCCCGCAAGUUACAGCCGCGAGCGUGUCGCCAUGCGCGACUAUGGUUGCAAUCUCAGGGCCGGACGCCGUCGAGGUGUGGCGCGUGCCGGAUAGUCCGGUGCCGGCGUAUGCCGCUUUUGACCGCGUUGCUAGGUUUAACAGGGGGGCAGCUGCCAAGGGGGCGCUAUGCUGGAGCGCUGAUUCGAAGCAUGUCGCGGUGGGUUCGAGGGAUGGCGUGGCGACCGUGUUUACCAUUCCUGAUCACGCUGCGCCUGGUGUGCGAGUGCGCCCGCUGGUGCUAUACGGCCAUCGGGAGGCCGUGGUGUUCGUCAGGUUUUGCGGGAAGAGGGGGCUGGUCACCAUGUCAUCGGAUGGCGUGCUGUUCUGUUGGCGUCUACGGGAGAACAGCGCGUCUGUGGAAGAGGGUUCGCAUGCUGAUGGUCAGACGCGUGUCGUUGUGCCGCUCGGGGCCAAGCUCAUGAGCAAGCACUUUGUGAGGCAAGGCGGGGCGAGCCGAGCGAAAUGCGCAGCUCUUCAUCAACAGAUUUUGACCGUUGGUAUGUCAAAUGGCGUGUUCGCAUUGUAUCAGCUGCCGGAGGAAAUGGCGGGGCAGGAAUCGGAGGCGUUUGAUGCAGGUCUGUUUGAAAUUGGAGAAAUGCGCAAGCGAAAGCGGGCACGGGAGGGCAUGAAUGCAGCCGAUGUAAGCAAGAAAGCCGGGGAAGAAGAUGGGAGCGAGGAUGAAGAAGAAGAUGAUAUCCUGGACGAGACCGUUCCACGCAUUGGUUUUACAGACUUGACUCUCCUGCACACUCUCAGUGCUUCCGGAAAUGCGAUCACGGACAUUGAAUUCAAUCCGACUGGGGAGUGGAUUGCCCUCGCAUCCUCUCAAUCUGGGCAAAUCGUUAUCUGGGAAUGGCGCUCAGAGACCCACAUUCUGAAACAACAGUCUCACGUUCUGGCGGCAAAUGCCGCCGCUUUCAGUCCAGAUGGUCGAGCGAUUGCAACUGGUUCCAGGGAUGGACGUGUCAAGCUGUGGGGCGUUGCCACGGGCUUUUGUGUCGCUACAUUUACAGAACACGAGGCGUCUGUUUCCGCAGUAGCAUUUGCCGCUAAAGAUGUCAUCGUGACAGCAUCUCUGGAUGGAACUGUACGAGCGUUUGACAUUCGCAGGUACAGGAACUUUCGGGUCAUGGUCGGACCUCCGCCGCGGCGGCAGUUUGGGUGUGUCGCCGUGGAUGCGGCGGGUGACUUGAUUGCGGCCGGUUGCAUUGACACAUUCGAAGUCAUUGUGUGGUCUUUGCGCACUGGCCAGGUUCUGGAAGUUUUGAGUGGACACAAGGGACCCGUGAGCGGUAUUGCGUUCAGGCCGCGAAGAGGUACGUUAGCAACCUCAUCCUGGGAUCGAACAGUACGCCUAUGGGACAUGUAUGAGCGCAAGGGCAACAGCGAAACUCUAGAACACAGCAAGGAGGUACUUGCCGUUUGCUUCCGGCCAGAUGGAAAGGAGUUUGCUGCCUGCACAGCCUCUGGGGAAAUUGUUCUUUGGGAUUCUGAAAGGGGGACGAUCACGGGUACAAUCGAUGGCUCUCGAGAUGCAGCCAGUGGUAGAUUACGGGAAUCCCGAACAGCAGCGCCACUGAGAGGACAUUUCCAAACGCUUUCAUACUCUGCUGAUGGUCGAUUUCUUCUUGCUGGUGCGUCAUCUAAGCACGUUUGCAUGUACCAUGUACCUGAAGGGAGCCGUCCGACUCUGGUCAACAAGGUUGUGGUGACGGAAAAUCAGGCCUUUGAUGGGCUUCUAGACCGUCUUAAUUCCAAGAACCUUACGAUAAGUGGACACGCAAUGGACACAAUUGCUGACGACGAUGUUGAGGCAGAAGACUAUGGCGAGGCGCGACUUGCAGAACGCAACUCGCUACCAGGUGCGGCUUCUGAACUGAAGUUGAGGCGGAAAAAGCUUCUCAAGGCAGAGGUGAAAUGCGUGCACGCGUGUCCGACCGGACGGCUGUGGUCUGCUGUCACAACAGAAGGGGUGAUUGUGUACAGCGAUGCGUCAGGCAAUGGUACAGAUGGGGUGAACGAUAGCUUAUUUGACCCGACCAAUUUGGAAGUGGAUAUCACUCCCGAAGCCGCCGAAAAGGCGGCGCGGCGACGCGACUAUGUAGCUGCUCUCACGAUCGCGCUGCGCCUCAACGAAAAGGAUUGUCUCAAUGCCGUGGUAGAGAAGAUCCCAGCAGAGGAUAUCAACCUGGUCGUGGAUCGAGUCUCCUCGGUCUACUUCAGCCGGCUGAUCCUGCUGUUCGCCUGGCGGCUAGACAACACUCCCCAUCUCGAGUUUAACCUUCGAUGGGCGAAGCGGCUGCUCAUGGCACAGGGAGCAGAUGCGCACAAUCACGUAUCAGACCCUGCAGUCGUGAACACGGCGUUACGGGCCCUGCAAAGAGCUUGCGCGGCACAUUCAAAGCGCAUCAUGCCGCUCGCAGAUCGAAAUGAGCACAUGCUCAAGUAUCUCGUAACAACUGCGAAAAGGAAGAAAGCGACGGAGGUGUCAUAA